AAUUAAACAAAUAAACAAAAUAAUUAAAAUAAACAUUCAUUUAAAUUCGAAUCCAAAUUACUUUUUUUCUGUAAAAAACAAAAAAAAAUUCCUCUUUCUUCUCCACUUCCAGCUUAAUAGCUGCCUGCAAGUCGUUAGAGAGAGAAAGAGGUACAGAAUUGCUUCUAAGAGAAGAUUUUGUCUUUUCACAGAAAAAAAAUAAAUAAAUAAAUAACCCAGAAAAAGUAAAUUUCCACUACUAUAUACUUGAAAAUUUAUUUUCUGGGUUUUUUGCGUGUAGUGUCAAAUGGGUAUCAAUUUCUUUUCUGCGUUUCUUUAAUUUUUGUGAAGAAAAAUUCAUUCUUUUUGUGGGAUAAUAUUUAAAAAAAAAAAAAAAUUGAGAGUAAAAUUUUAAGAGGACAGAAAAAGGGAUAUGGCGUUGGGGUCUAUAUUUUGCUGCGGCAAGGUUUUCGAUCGGAAAAAGAAGGAAGAAAAUAAGGCAGCAUGGAGGAUAUUUUCUUUAAAGGAAUUGCAUGCAGCUACAAACAAUUUUAACUAUGAUAAUAAACUUGGAGAGGGUGGAUUUGGAAGUGUAUACUGGGGUCAGCUAUGGGAUGGUUCGCAGAUUGCGGUUAAAAGGUUGAAAGUUUGGAGUGAUAAAGCAGAAUUGGAGUUUGUUGUUGAGAUUGAAGUUUUAGCACGAAUACGCCAUAAAAAUUUGCUAACUCUGCGUGGCUAUUGUGCUGAAGGACAAGAGCGACUCAUUGUGUAUGAUUUUAUGUCUAAUUCAAGCUUAUUAUCCCAUUUGCACGGACAGCAUUCUGCAGAAUGUCUUAUUGAUUGGAAAAGAAGGAUGAACAUUGCCAUUGGAUCUGCAGAGGCAAUUGUAUACUUGCACAAUCAUGCAACACCACAUAUAAUCCAUAGAGACAUUAAAACUAGCAAUGUUUUGCUAGACUCUGAUUUUCAGGCAAAAGUUGCUGAUUUUGGGUUUGCCAAAUUUAUUCCGGAUGGUGCAACGCAUGUAACCACAAGGGUGAAGGGCACACUUGGAUACUUAGCCCCUGAAUAUGCCAUGUUAGGGAAGGCAUCAGAGAGUUGCGAUGUAUAUAGCUAUGGAAUUUUGCUGCUGGAAAUUGCAAGUGGCAGAAGAGCUCUUCAGAAACUGAACUUGACAUCAAAUCGCUCAAUCACUGACUGGGCUCUUCCAUUGGCCCGUGAGGGGAAUUUCAGAGAACUAGCAGACCCGAAACUGAAUGGAAAUUUUGUUAAAGAUGAGCUGAAAAGAUUAAUCGUGGUUGCUCUCGUGUGUGCUCAGAAAAAGCCCGAGAGAAGACCAACAAUGCUCGAGGUGGUGGAGCUUUUGAAGGGAGAAGCCAAAGAUAAAUUAGCCAAUCUAGAAAACAAGCUGUUUAAGAGUUGGCGAUCUGCUGAUGAUAAAGAUGAGAUCAGAGAAGAUAAGGCAGACUCUAUAUCAGAGAAGAAAGACGAUACUCCUAAACCUGAAUCUAAAGUCGCAGAAACUGUACAAGAGGACAAAGAUGUUGAUUCUAAAUCAGAAUUUAAAGUUGCAGAGUCUAUAUCAGAGGAGAAAGAUGAUACUCCAAAACUGGAAUAUAAAAUAUCUGAUUCUGGAUCCGAAAGUGCACAGGAGCGCUGAGGGAACGUUUAGAGUGAGUAUACAUGGCGUCAUGUCCUUAAAAGUUCGUGUUUAACUGUCUACAAUGUUGAAUAUGGCUCUCUUGACAGGAAGUAGUAGCACAACUUCUGGUUGCUAGUUUAGUAGGUUUACUCUGGGUUGAUAUAUUGAUGCUCUAGAUAUGCUUGUGCCAGAUCUUUGUUCUGGUUUAUUACUUUUAUUGUACGGGUUUGCCUAAUGCAUUUUCCUUCAUCCUUCUCGGGCUUUCCUUUCUUCUUUUCUUUCGUGUGCUGGAGUUUUCAACACUAAUCCUGCGUGUUUGUCUUUGGGGUGAGAUAGAAUCUUUGAGUCUAACUGUAUAUGAGCUUUGUUACUAUUUUUCUGAGUUGUAAAUUUUGGUUUUUGCUUACUGUUUCUCAACUAUGGUAUGAAUGUGUCUUUGAAUGUCCAA